GUUUGUGUUUAGGGUUCGGAUAAGGUUGUGGUUAGGGUUAGGAUAAGGUUGUGGUUAUGGUAAUGUUGUGGUUAGGGUUGGGAUAAGGUUGUGGUUAGGAUAAGGUUGUGGUUAUGGUAAUGUUGUGGUUAAGGUAAUGUUGUAGUUAGGGUUUGGGUAAGGUUGUGGUUAGAUUAGAUUAGGCAGCCUACUGGUGAUAAGGAAAGCCUCAUACUUCAGUUGUUUGUAGCAUGGUCAGAUGGUGAGGCUCUCCAGACAGACUGCUACAUAGCGGGAGAUUUGGUUCUGGGUUCCAAACCAACAUAUUUCUCUGCAUUUCUCCUGUCCCCCCAUCCCUCCCUCUCUCUUCAGGUUUCAACGUGAAUCACUUGGAUAUUGCCCCCCGCUAUGCCAGCAUUUUGAUGGGCAUUUCCAACGGAGUGGGCACCUUGUCGGGAAUGGUGUGCCCUCUUAUAGUGGGCGCCAUGACCAAACACAAGUCGCGUGAAGAUUGGCAGGGUGUCUUCCUCAUUGCUUCAGUUGUUCACUAUGGUGGAGUGAUUUUCUAUGGAAUCUUUGCGUCAGGGGAGAAGCAGCCGUGGGCGGACCAGGAGGACACCAGCGAUGAGAAGUGUGGCAUCAUCGAUGAGGACGAACUGGCCAAUGAGACGGAAGAGAUGUACCGCACUGGCGGAGGGGGGCAGUACGGAGCCAUGAGCCAGCCAACAGCGGGCCCCAACGGAGGAGGGGGUGCUGGAGGAGGGGCAGGGUGGGUCCAGGACUGGGAGAAGACGGAGGAAUAUGUUCAACCUCCGGGAUACAACCAGUAACUCUACGGAGUGGAGAGAGAGAGGGAGCUCACAUAAUGCCCUAUUCAGACUUGAGAUAAAUUGACUAAACAUGGACCUUAGUCUAAAAAGGCUGACUUAAGUCCAUGUUAAGUAUACUGUACCUUUCUCAAGUCUGAAGAGAGGGGAGAUAGGGAAGAGAGAGAG